CUUUGGAUUGAUGUCCCAGCAUUAGUGUGUCAGUGUACCAGAAGUGUUUAGAAUGGACCUGUUGUCUUUGUCUUUCUUAUAUUUGCUGCUUUUAGACUGUCAGCUCAGCUAUGGAGCCCCAGCUCCAGCCUCAGGCCUGGUGUUUCUGCCGGCUCCAGCAGCAGACAAUGUACUGCAACGACACAAACGCGCCAACACCGGAGUGUUCGAGGAGAUACUCGAGGGAGAUCUGGAGAGAGAGUGUACAGAGGAAGUGUGUAACCUGGAGGAGGCCAGGGAGAUCUUUGAGAAUGAUGAAAAGACAAUGGAGUUCUGGGCCAGAUACAUAGAUGGAAACCAGUGUCAAUCAAACCCGUGUCUGAACCAGGGCUCAUGCCAGGACCAGCUUGGCUUCUACACCUGCUCAUGUCAGCCUGGCUUCACUGGCAGAAACUGUGGGAUUGUCAUGGCAAAAAGGUGUGAUGUGAAUAACGGAGGCUGUAUGCACUUCUGUGACACCAUGGGAACCUUCGGAGCAAAGUGCUCGUGUGCACAAGGAUACAGGCUGAUGCAGGACGGCGAGAGCUGUGAAGCAUACGCUGAAUUUCCCUGUGGGAGAACCGCUCUGACAACCUUCAGCGGAGUACUCUCGAGGUCUCUGCUCGGCCUGCAGAACAUCACUUCACUGUCCGAUAUACCCACGACUACAUCUCCUCCUUCAACUCCAGCCAGCACCACAGACUUUCCUGUAGCAGCAGAUGACUCUGAAGGAAACCAAGCUGUAGAGAAACUCCCCCUGGAGAUGUACAGAGAUGCUGAGGCCCCCACUGAGGAGCAGUCCUGGCCUAGAAAACGCAUUGUGGGGGGCAGGGUGGUGCUUCCAGGAGAGAUCCCAUGGCAGGUGGCCCUGAUAGCUCGCCCUAGUGGUCAGUUAUUCUGUGGGGGAUCUAUUCUCAGUGAACGCUGGAUUAUCACAGCUGCUCACUGCCUGGAGGAGGGUCAGGGAUCCUACUUCAUCAGACUGGGAGAGCACAACAGCUACAUCAACGAGGGCACAGAGCAGGAUUAUGAAGUCCUGGAGGAGCACAUACACCCCCGCUACAACGCCACUGUAAGCUUGUACAACCACGACAUCGCCCUGCUUUGCCUGAAGACCCCCAUCACCUUCUCCGCCAGAGUCAGACCCAUUUGCAUCGGGCCUAAAAGUUUCACAGAGGCUCUGGUGAAGCGAUCCUCCCCGGCUACAGUCAGCGGCUGGGGCAGAACACGCUUCCUGGGAUUAACGGCUGACACUUUAAAGAAGGUGGAGGUUCCCUUCACAGAGCAGACAGAGUGUAAGCGCACCAGCAGCUCCAGGAUCACCCCUUUCAUGUUCUGUGCAGGAUACUAUGACGAGGAGAAAGACGCCUGUCAGGGAGACAGCGGAGGCCCUCACGCAAACAGGAUUCAAGACACCUGGUUCCUGACAGGCAUUGUGAGCUGGGGAGAGGAGUGUGCAAAAGAAGGGAAAUAUGGUGUUUACACGCGGGUGUCACUGUAUUACCGCUGGAUCAACCAUGUGAUGGGAUUAAUAAAGCACAGGCUGGCUUUGGAUGUGGAAGAGCCUGACCCUGAGAGUUAAAGAUGAUGGAUUUGAAAAUGGAACUGGUUUACAAGUGUGUUGCACGUCUAAUAAAACAAAAUUUUAGGAUUAAUGCCCUUUUAACUUCCUAAGCCUUCUAAAAAUAGCAUCAAAUCCCCAAAUCUGAUGAUGAUACAAUCACAGAAGGGCAAAAGUUUAGACUGCAAUAACCUCUGUACGAGAAAGCGGCCUAAAAAAUCUCUAAACAUCUACUUUCCUGAUCCAUUCUGGGAUUUUUUUUGUACUAAAAGUGUGUGUUUUACCAAAAAAGGCGUUUAGAAGUCAGAUUAAUACCUAGUUUACAUUUAUAGAAUUAAUUAAUUUAGUAAAUUCCAGACAUUAUUUAUGUUGCCAUGAAUGAAUAGAUGGAACAUUAUGAGUUGGUAUUGUUAAAAGACUACUUUAGUACUCAUGAUUAAUGGAUAAUAUAAAACAGAAUGUCAAUUCAUGUUAAACCUUGAUUGUGUAGAGUGGCAUGAAGGCACAUCGCUGCCACCUGCUGGUGAAUAAAUGCUUUACAAGCAGUAAAAAGCAGAGGCACCCAGUUUCAUUGUAAAUCCAGGCCUCAACAGAUGUGGAGAAAGAAUGCAAAUAUAUAACUUUAGUAAAAGUACCUAUAUUUCAUAGAGAGAAACUGUUGAAAAGAAAAAAUAGCAUUAGAUUUAAUAAUAUAGUCCUGCUAAUAAUAUUUGAGGGGUAUAUACAGUGCACUUAGAAAGUAUUCAGACUUACUUCUCUUGUCUAUUUUGUUAUGUUGCAGCCUGAUGCUUCAGAGGGAAAAAUUCAUUUUUAUUAUCAUAAAUCUACACGCAGUAUCCCAUCAUGACAAAGUGAAAACAGGAUUUUAGAAAUCUUUGCAAAUUUAUGAUAAAUAGAGACAUGAGUAUUCAGACCGUUUGCAAAAACUUGAGAUGUAGCUGAGGUUCCUCCAAUUUCUGCUGUUCCUUGCUGAGAUGUUCCUACACCUUGACUGGAGUCCACCAGUGAAAAAUUAAAUUAAUCAGACAUGAUUUAUAAAGGCACACACCUCUUUAUAGAGGGUCUCACA